CGUAAAAAAAAAAUUACUUAGGACUAGAUAGGAAUUAAUUUAAUAAACUCCUUAUGCACCCAUACUCGUGGUGGGGGGAGUAGCCACACCAUGAGUAAUGGAUCAAGGGACUGGGCCACAAAGUUUUGAUAGCUAAACAAGUUAGUGGUAAUGAACUGUUUACAAGUAUAUAUAUAUCUGGUAACAAUCGUAAUGAGUUAUUUAUGCAGACAUGAAUUUGGUCACAAAAAUAUUUUAUUUUACAAAGGUAUGCUUGAAUUUAAACAAGUUUAGUGGUUUUGUGUUAUUUACAUUGUCCAAAGUCAUGGUAUUUUUUCAGAAUGGUUGGUAAUAUACCACUCUGAAUAAAAUACUUCGACAUUUCUUGAACAUUUGUGAGUGAUCUCUGAAUUCCUUUCUAUCGCAUUCUAGUACAUAAAGAUGCAAGAUGUGAAAAUUGUCAUCAGGCAUUGUUAAGUUUAUAUCAAGUUUAGUCUAUAUCAAGUGGUGAUGCAACGCUCCAGAGAUACUGGUAACCUAGUCGGAGUUGGGUGGUAGUGAAUGGAACUGACAAGAAGAGGGCGGCACAGUUGGUGGUUAGGAAGUGGAAUGAUCAAGACGAAGUGGAGGAAGCAGAUUCCAUAAGCAGUUUUCGGAGAAGGGAUGAUACCAGGAUGGGGGUGCCGACGGCACUGCUGGCACUAGUGGUGGUGGCAGUGGUGGUCAUACAAGUGCCACCCACACAGGCACAACUCGCAUUCGGACCUGGUGGAUUUUCUGCGCCCACAAUUAACAUCGCCUCAGUUUUCAGGUUCUUGAGGAACGUCUUCAUGUCUUGGUGGUCUCCUAACACCACCAACACUGCCAACAUCAGCCAACCAGCCACAAAAGUCAGCCAACCAGCCACAAAAGUCAGCCAACCAGCCACAAAAGUCAGCCAACCAGCCACAAAAGUCAGCCAAACAACUACCCAGCAUGACGAGGAGGAGGUGCUGGUGACGACGACGGUGCCACGGCAGGAGAUGAACCAGCUGAGUGCCACCACCACCAUCAGCACCACCAACACCACCAGCACCACACACCACAACAACCACCACCAGCCCAGGAUUGUUGAGAAGUUCGACGCUGGGUGCGUGGAGGACGCUGAGGGCAACUGUGUGGAUGGUUCUCAAGAAGCAGCAGCAGUCGUAGAGGACAAACAAGGAGCCUCCAAGUCAUUCUUGAACAACUGGAAGACAGGUUAUAUCAUCUUCAUCAUCAUCUCCUUCUGGCUGACCAUCAUCAUCGGUACACCUUACAUCAUCACCGGGGAGACCAUCGCUAGGAGAGACGAGGAGGCCACCAUCCUUGGUCUCAUAGACCAGCAGGACGUGCUGCUGCUAUUGUCGUGGCUGCUGGGGGAGGUGAGCAACGACAACUCCUGCCUGGAGAGGAUAGUGUGCCUCACGCCUGAAAAAUCCUCCAGAUACAUCACCGUCUCAUCUAUGAUCUUCAACAUUGCCAGUUUUCUGCGCAGGUGGGUGCCAUACAGUCCUCACUACGUGGAGCGGCUACAACGUCUCAACGAGGUGACGGAGGACGGCUUCUUACAAUCCUGCCAAAAUUACUCCUGUCCUACAGUGCCUGAAAUCUAGACAACUACGACUUAUCGCUACACUACGGAAAAACUCUCCUCAACGCUCCGGAAGGUUGUUCGUUCUCCAAACGCCUUAGAAAAGGCUCAAGAAUCUGCAAGAUACCCACAAUGUAUAAAUGCUCAUAAUCCUGUCAUUUCGUUUGUACAUAAACCCUGUUGAAUUCCAUACCAUCAUAUCACUUCCCUGUAAAGGUACUUUAGUCAUCCAGAUUUAUCGUCGUUUACUUUAAUAAUAUCUUUGUUUUUGUAAGUACAUGUGCAAGGUGUACAGACCAUAGCUGAUAUCAGGGACAUAAUACUAUAUAGAAAGCAGUUUGUUAUGCAGAGCAUUUCCCGCAAAUUAGGUCAGUUUUGUCCCAGGAUGCGACCCUCACCAAUCGGCUAAAGACCCAGGUACCCAAUUUUACUGAUGGGUGAACAUAGACAGUCUGUGUAACGAAACACGCCCAAUUUUUCUACCCUCACCGGGAAUCGAACCCGGACCCUUGCUGUGUGAAGCGAGAGCUUUAGCCGCCAGGCCACGGGGCAGUACUCUUUCUUCCCAAGACGAUUAGCCAAGACAAAAAAUUGACGUCCCAUUCAAAGUUUAAUUUAUGUACUGCUAUUAUUAGUAAUAUAAUCAUGUGGAAACACUAAACCUACAAGGGUCAUAGAGCGCUUGUGGAAUGGAGGGUAAUCAGGGUUGAUCCAAAAAGGGAAUAGUUGCUUAAAUUCCUUGAUCAAGAGCCUUUCAGGAACAUCAAGGCAGCUUCUCGUUCCAGCUUGAAGGGACUCUUGAUGGUACGGAGGUGAGCGUCUCUGAUCCUGAAGUAGUCUGGAAAUACUGAUGUCAAAAUACGUAGGUAAAAACCCUCCAGAAGGUGGUAGUGAUGGCCAUGAUAAUCAGACAUUACAGCACCAUUCAGAAGGUGGUAGUGAUGGCCAUGAUAAUCAGACAUUACAGCACCGUCCAGAAGGUGGUAGUGAUGGCCAUGAUAAUCAGACAUUACAGCACCGUCCAGAAGGUGGUAGUGAUGGCCAUGAUAAUCAGACAUUACAGCACCGUCCAGAAGGUGGUAGUGAUGGCCAUGAUAAUCAGACAUUACAGCACCGUCCAGAAGGUGGUAGUGAUGGCCAUGAUAAUCAGACA